UGAGCCCAAUCAAUUCAGGGUUUAAUAUCUGAAUACAGUUUUUCUUGCAUUUUCCCACCAAAAUGGGGAAAGCUGGGAGAGACUGGACACAGAUCUACGCGAUCUACGGAUUGGAUGAAUGGCAGACCGUAAUUUUCCUGCUAAUCCACGCUCUCCUAUUUUCGUUCCUCGCCGUUCUUUUCCUCCUUUACUUCAAUCCCCUCUGUUCAGUAGUCGAAUCACUCUUCCCUGCCCUUCCUGCUGGAGCUCCUCGCUUCAUCGCUGGCUUCACCGGUUCCGUAACCGCAAUCUCGGCCGUCGGUCUCUUCUUCGCCGCAGGUAACAUCUUUUACUCCUCCGUGUCCCUCCACUGGGAGAUGGCACAGCGCAUGAUCAACGUGGUCAGUGACUGGUCAACGGUCAAAACCGCCCUGGACGUUGGAUGCGGCCGAGGGAUCCUCCUUAAUGCAGUGGCGCUACAGCUGAAAAAGGAAGGCAGCUCCGGGCGCGUCGUCGGCCUCGACUGCCGGAAAACUGCGGUAGCGACGCUGCGCAAGGCGGGGAUGGAAGGCGUUCAGGAGUACGUGACUUGUAGAGAGGGUGACGCGCGGCGGUUGCCGUUCGCCGAUAAUUACUUCGAUGUGGUGGUUUCGGCUGUUUGCUUGCAUACAGUGGGGAAGGAGUUUGGGCAUCGGACUGCGGCGGCUGCGGCAGAGAGGAUGAAGGGUUUGGUGGAGGUGGUUAGGGUUUUGAAGCCCGGUGGAGUUGGGGUGUUAUGGGAUCUGGUUCACGUGCCGGAGUAUGUGCACAGGUUGCAGGAACUGCGCAUGGAAGACAUACGCGUUUCGGAGCGCGUCACUGCUUUCAUGGUCAGUAGCCAUAUCGUAUCGUUUCGGAAGCCGAGUCAGCACGUAGCUGGGUUGGGAGAGGUCAGGGUUGACUGGAGAUGCACCAACAUCUGUUAAUCUACUCUUUAUUAUAGCAAAAACCCAAAAAUAAAAGG